AUGACCACCAAACUAACCAAAGAAUCAACCCUCCCCCUCCCAAAUUCCUCCCACUCCAUCCCUCGUCUCGGCUUCGGCGUCUACCAGUCCCCCGCCGACGUCUGCAACAAAUCAUGCACAACAGCCCUCUCAUCCGGCUACCGCCACAUCGACACCGCCCAAUUCUACGCCAACGAGACACAGGUCGGCGAAGCAGUCCGCAACUCAGGCCUGAAGCGUAGCGACGUCUACAUCACGACCAAGAUCCUGUCCGCGGGCGGCAGCGUCGACAAGAGUUACCAGAAAUGUCUGGAUAGUGUGAAGAAAUUAGACGGCGAGGAUGGAUAUGUUGAUUUAUUUCUGAUUCAUAGUCCGAAUGCGGGGAAGGCGGCGAGGGAGGAGAUGUGGCAGGCGCUGUUGAGGGCGCAUAAGGAAGGGAAGGCGAAGGCGAUUGGGGUGAGUAAUUUUGGGAUUGGGCACAUUGAGGGGCUGAAGGGGUUGGGGGAUGUUUGGCCGCCGCAUGUUAAUCAGAUUGAGCUUCAUCCAUGGUGUCAGCAACGCGACGCGGUCGAGUACUGCCACAAGAAUGGAAUUGUGGUCGAAGCCUAUUGUCCUCUUGUUCGAAACCAGAAAGCUGACAAUGAGACUUUGGUUGGGCUGGCGAAGAAAUACAACAAGAGCACUGCACAGAUUCUCAUUCGAUGGAGUUUGCAGAAAGAGUGGGUGACACUACCGAAGAGUGAUACACCGUCAAGAAUCAAGGAGAAUGGUGACGUUUUCAAUUUUGAGAUCUCAGACGAGGACAUGAAGGCACUGAACGACCUUGACGAAGGAGCUGCAGGUGCUAUUGUACAAGCAGUGACUAAUUCGUAG